GGAACCAAUACAAAAUGAGCACAUGCUUUUAUGCUGAUUUGUUUGUCUUCUCAAUGAUUGAGUCAGGUCUGGAGUUCCAAUGGAGGAUCCUUUGCCACCACCAAAGUAGAUGGGCCACCUUGGAAGUUAUCUCUUUACAAAUUACAACUGGAAAAAAUUCCUUAAAACGAAUGGCUCACCAUUUACAGAGCCUCUCACCCACUCCUUCAUAGCCAUCAAUAUCAGCUGCUCCUAUUCCAAUUUCCACAACAAAUAUUUAAUGAAGUUAUCUCAAUAAUUAUUCGAUCCAUUCAGAACAUGCUUAUCACGUUGAAACACUUUUGGGUUCUUGAAUCUGAGUCUUCAUUGAUUGGAUUUGGAUUCUGAUUCUGAUUCUGAUUUUUGUUUUUGAUGUUCCUCAAAUGACAAGGUGCUUCUUCUUCAGCAUCACAGAGACCAAGAAUUGGUACCAUCGCCAUCGCUUCACCAAAUGCGGCCUCCGAUCCACCAUUACAGAUCUCAACGACGGCACCACAGUACACUGCUGGGUCCCCAAGAACCCACUUCACUCCAAGCCCAAUCUGCUGCUUAUCCAUGGAAUUGGGGCUAAUGCACUUUGGCAAUGGGGGGAUUCCAUUGCUACCCUUGUCCCUCAUUUCAAUCUCUACGUGCCUGAUUUGAUCUUCUUUGGCGACUCCUCCACUACAAACCCCGACAGAACAGAGUGGUUUCAAGCUCAGUGUCUAAUCCGAGUUAUGGAGGCUAACUCGGUGGGGAAGCUCAGUUUGGUGGGGCUCAGCUAUGGGGGGUUUGUUGGGUAUAGCAUGGCGGCGCUGUGCCCUGAUAUGGUGGAGAAAGUGGUGAUUUGUUGCGCUGGGAUUUGUGUGGAAGAGAAGGAUUUCAAAGAUGGGUUGUUGAGAGUGUCUGAUUUGGAGGAGGCCAUAGCCAUUUUGGUGCCCCAAAAGCCAGAGAAGCUUAAACAGUUGGUGGGUUACUCGUUUUUCCGGCCACCGCCCAUGCGGCUGAUGCCUUCUUGUUUGCUCAAUGAUUUUAUUGAGUCAAUGUGUUUGGACCAUAUUGAUGAAAAGAGAGAGCUGAUUCGAACUAUCCCCAAAGGGAGAAAGCUUUCAGACCUUCCCAAGAUUCACCCGCGGACGAUGAUACUGUGGGGAGAACAUGAUGAAAUAUUUCCAUUAGAAUUGGGUCACAGAUUGAAACGGCAUUUGGGGGACAAUGCUACGCUUGUGAUCAUCAAGAAUGCAGGCCAUGCCUUCAACUCAGAGGAGCCAAAGGAGUUUCUCAACCAUUUGAUUUCUUUCCUGCUUUAUUCAUAGCCUCCCCUGGGCACUUCAAACUCACAAACAACAUCAUCAAGGAAAACACACUCAAACAACAUCAAAAGCUGGAGUGAUCUAAUGAUCGUUUAUAGUAUGACAAACAAGCGGGGAAAUUUUGAACCUGCUGACAAUUAGAGAAGUUAUAUCUCGACCAUAGCUCGAAUCGUCGACUUGUCCGAAUCUCACAUUCAACAACUAAGUUUCUUAAAGGGUUUUUUUUUUUU